GCUGGUGGUGUUCCUGGGGCGAGCCUAGAGGCUGGUGGUGUUCCUGGGGCGAGCCUAGAGGCUGGUGGUGUUCCUGGGGCGAGCCUAGAGGCUGGUGGUGUUCCUGGGGCGAGCCUAGAGGCUGGUGGUGUUCCUGGGGGCGAGCCUAGAGGCUGGUGGUGUUCCUGGGGCGAGCCUAGAGGCUGGUGGUGUUCCUGGGGCGAGCCUAGAGGCUGGUGGUGUUCCUGGGGCGAGCCUAGAGGCUGGUGGUGUUCCUGGGGCGAGCCUAGAGGCUGGUGGUGUUCCUGGGGCGAGCCUAGAGGCUGGUGGUGUUCCUGGGGCGAGCCUAGAGGCUGGUGGUGUUCCUGGGGCGAGCCUAGAGGCUGGUGUUAUUUCCCCACCUCCCACUCUUCCCUUCCCAAUGUCAGCUGUUUCCAAGGUAACUCCAGCUGACACAAUCUCAGAGCAGGACAGUGUGGUUUGGAACCCAGCCCUCUUGUUUUGUUUUUUUCAUCCCCCACACUCUCCUUCUCUCUGUGCGUGCUGCUACUCUUCCAACCCUUCCGUGUUGUUUUGAAAUGCAGCCGUAAAAGAGAAAGACCUUUACACCCUUUUGACUGCCUCAGCUGCUGCCGGGUCCAGACCGAAGGGCAAAAAGCUCUCCUUUUCUCACACGCUGCUUGUGCUCGGACCAGUGGGCGCUCUCUCUCUCUCUCUGUAGCAACAGAAGAAGAGUUGGUUUAGGACAAGCUUGGCUGGUCAUGGAGAGAGGAAACAGCCAGUGGUACGACCAGGAUGCUGCAGACCGUCGUCGUGCAGGGGACGGGGCGAGCUACCAGGUGGAGAGCGGGGGAUUGUCUGUGAAGAAGGCAAGUAAGAGCAAGACUGUGGAGAAGACCAGGAAAGCCCUGAGUCUGGAGGAGGCCCAACUGGAGCUGCUGCAGCAGAGCAGAACUCUCACCAGACGAGCCCCGGUCAGGUCUCAGACGUUCGAUGUGGACAGACGUUUGGAGAGGACUGUAAGCAUCGGUUUACAAAGUAGUUUUAUAAAGCACAACAAAACAUUCCACAAGCUGUUUCCUGACAUUCCAGAGAGUGAAGACUUGCUACAUGCGUACAUCUGUGCCCUGCAGAAGGAAGUACUCUACCACGGCAGGCUCUAUGUCACCAAACAUCACGCGUGCUUCCACUCCUCCGUGCUGCUCAAGGACACCAAGUUGGUGAUCCCUGUGACCAGCGUGCAAAUUCUGAAGAAGCAGAACACUGCCCUGCUGGUGCCCAACGCCCUGUCUAUCCGCACCGAGGGAGAAAAGUACCUGUUUGUGUCUUUGCGGAACCGAGAGGCGUGUUACAAGCUCCUGCGGUCCGUGUGUCCUCAACUGAAGGAUGGAAGUGCUAACAGCAGCCCUGUAUUCUCCUCUGCUGAGAAUAGUUUUGAUCAGGACAAGCUGGUGAACUCCAGUCAGUCCAGUCUAGAGGACAGUUUUGACCAGCUGGAUGGGUCAGACCCCAAGCUCUUUCUUGACUCACCCACACCAAAUAAAGACCUUGUGCCUCAAGAGAGCAGAUCCACCCUUAGGAGCAUAAACGCACAGCAGAGAGACAGCUCCUCAGAGGACCUCUCAGGUGGCUCGUGGGUGUGGAGUGUGGUGGAAAAAGCCCGCUCCCUUCUCAUCCAGAGAGACGCCGGCAGCCUCAACACUCUCCUCUUCAUAUACCUAAUACUGGUGGUACUGCUGCUGCUGUCGUCGGGGUACAUCGGCCUCCGCAUUGUGGCUCUGGAGGAACAGCUGACCUCUCUGGGCGCCCUCCCUGAAUUCUCCUCACAGAGUACAAGGACACAUAACCCUGAUUGGCCAGAGGAGAUGUUGGAGGACGUGACAAUAUGGUGCCAGUUGAAGAUCUACCAAUGAAAAAAGAGAACUGGAGCUCUCGUGUUGAAGAUAUACUGUCCUCAUCCCAGAAGAACUUGAAGGAAGAACUAGGAGACAUUUUGACAGUGUUCUAGUGCUGGUCCGUCACUUCCUUGCAUAUAGGAGUUGUAGAAGCACCUCCCUGUAUGAUCUCAGACAGACGGGUAUCUCAAAGGGCUAUAUUUAAGAGCGCUAGACCCAGGCCAGCCACGACUCGCAGCAAGCGGCACCAAGCCAACACACACACACACACACACAAACACAAAUGACCUGCUGUGUGUCUGUGACUUGAAACCAAAGCCAACUGGCUCAAACUGAGCACAAACUGAAGAGGGGAGGCGAUAGUCAACUCAAUCUGCUCUCAGAUCAGAUUGACAAGAAGCGAUUUCUCAGAUUUUCCAGAGAACUCUGGAAUAUGUACGCAUUUCCAUUCUACGUAUUCUCUUCAAGAGCAUGUGGUCUGUGCAGACUACCCGAAUCCAGCGUAGUCCUGCGUUUGCUUUAACACCUCCCCUAAGGUACAAGUGUUAUGCAGAGCCAAAGAUACAGAGUGCACGUCUUUUGCAUGAGCGCACGGAGAUGACUUUGACUUUAUCUCCUGCUAUGGCAUCCCAUCAUUUCAUUAGGGAGUUGCAAGUCGAUCUGUAUUUAAUCUUUCACCACUAAGCCAUCUGCGGGUACUCUUGGAUGAUUCUUCUGGUAAUCGGCCAUGAUUAAUAUCUUGUCUUACACGGAUCAGCUAGCCGAGCAGCCAUUUUAAUUUUCUCUCCUGACAGUCUCUUCCUCUCCUCUCUUUUUUAAGAUCAGCAGUAUUAAUCCUGCCAUUCGCAUAAUUCUAAACCUGUUUAAUGAUCAAUCCUUUGGAGGCCACUCCCUCGAUUCUCGCUGGAUGCAUCUUCAACGAGUAUGAUCAGGUCGUCGUCUCGGUAACAUUUCCUACAUCUUCUACUACUUCGAUCAUCAAAGUAGUUUUGGCAAAUUCCAAACCAAUACUAUUGUCUUGUUCAGAUUUAAUAUAUCUGAUGACUUAUGUACUGUUUAGAAGGAACUGACGCGUUUUAAAAAGCAAAAAAUCUAACCUCUAGUCGUUGACAGGCCUGUUGAGAACAAACGCUUGUUCCUGCUGGUUCAGACGUUUCAGGACUGUUCAAGUAGCAACGUACUGUAUUUUAUGUUAUUCUGUCUGGAACAUCAGAUAAGUGACUGAUGGAUUAUGCACACUCAUUUGAGUCACCUUUUGAGAGAACAUACAUAAAAGUGUAACUAUCAUGCGACAUUGUUACUGAGGUCCUAUUUUCAACAGAAAGAAAAGAGGUGGUCCAAAAAAUAAAUUUCAAUAUGUAAUAAAGAUUAUCCGGGGGAGAUUAGUAACCUGUAGGUGUUUUUGUUUUUUAAAUGGAGUCUGUUGAGGUGAGAAUUGUUUGUUAAAAAAAAAAAACAUGAGGGGAAAAUUAAUGGUUCUGGUGAGCGAGCCAGGGCACUUUAACAGUUGUUGAACCUGCCCAAAUCCAAAGACAUCACAUUUGACUGAGGUGGUGGGGAAGCAGGUGUUUUGUUCUCUAGUUACUAUUUGAUGGUGUUCUUCUCAGGGGUGGGUGCAACCUGCCACAGUUUCAGGGUCACUGCUUUUCCUUCGCCAUUUCACGACUCAGGAUCGGGGUUGUCACACACACAGUUUGUCCUUGUCCACCAGAGAGAAUGCCCUAUCCACUUUUCAUUGAGAAUCACAUUGUACCUUUGCAAUAUAUCAGUCUGUGAUUUUUUGUUUUAAGUUGUUUGUUAGUUUUUUUUCUUUUCAUGUUUUUCGACGAACAAAUUGAAACAUAUCGACAAUUAAUCUAACAUCUGACUGACUAGCUCAGUACUGGGUAUUCUGUGUUGACGGGACAUGAAGAGCGUUGAAGUGACGUCUGUUAUAACGAUUGGGUAGUUGUAAUCAGAUGUUGGGCUAAAAGAUGUAUGCCUACAUGCCAUAAAGCAGUACUGUCCGUUGUCUUCCUUCUCCAUCAGUGGAUAGCACAUGUCAAAUAUAUUCAAAUGGACACAAUGCAAGAAUCUCAAUGACGAGCCCAGUAUUUGUGUGGUUUUGCGUUUAUUGAAGUGUUGUAAAUAAUUUAUGUCCUUCAUUCUACUUCAUUCUUGUAUUUAUUUGCAUUCUAUGUAAUUCAAAGUAGUAGUCUCUGUGAGAUUUUGCUUUGGUAUUGUUCAACAAUAAAUCAACUGUUGCAAGAA